CUGAUUUCUGCAACACCCACUUUGAAUAGCUUUGAAUCAACGAAAAUUUCCUAAUAAUCUACAAAUAGUUUUAUCAGCGUCUUUUGUGAUAUCAGUGAAGUGCAAACAUACCGGCACAAAUGACGAACCAGACGUCUCCUAUUGAGGAGCAGGAGAAGCUCCUAGAUGAGGCCCUAAAUGUGGUUAAAGUUCAGGCAUUUCAAAUGAAAAGAUGUCUUGAUAAAUCCAAGCUAAUGGACGCCCUGAAGCAUGCCUCAACCAUGCUGGGGGAGUUGAGAACAUCACUGCUGUCCCCAAAAUGUUACUACGAGCUUUACAUGGCAAUAACUGAUGAGCUACGUCACCUAGAGCUGUACCUUCUGGAGGAAUUCCAGAAGGGUCGGAAGGUCGCUGACCUGUACGAGCUGGUGCAGUACGCUGGCAACAUCGUGCCUCGCCUGUACCUGUUGAUCACAGUCGGCCUGGUCUACAUCAAGACUAACUCUAGUUUACGAAGAGAUUUGCUUAAGGAUUUGGUAGAGAUGUGUCGUGGUGUCCAGCACCCACUGCGUGGUCUGUUCCUGCGCAACUACCUUCUCCAAUGCACCCGGAAUGUUCUGCCUGACACCAUGGAGGCUCCAAAUGAAAAUGAAGGCACAGUGAGGGAUGCCAUUGACUUUGUGCUGAUGAAUUUUGCUGAGAUGAACAAGUUGUGGGUGAGAAUGCAGCACCAAGGUCACUCAAGGGACAAGGAGCGGCGCGAGCGGGAGCGCUCCGAGCUGCGGAUACUGGUGGGCACGAACCUGGUGCGGCUGUCGCAGCUGGAGGCGGUGGGCGUGGCGGACUACGGCCGGCUGGUGCUGCCCGGCAUCCUGGAGCAGGUGGUCAGCUGCCGGGACGCCAUCGCGCAGGAGUACCUCAUGGAGUGUAUCAUACAGGUGUUCCCCGACGAAUUCCAUCUGGCGAAUCUGCAGCCGUUCCUCAAGUCGUGCGCGGAGCUGCAGCCCGGAGUCAACAUUAAGAACAUCAUUAUAUCGCUCAUCGAGCGAUUGGCCGCUUACAGUCAGAGAAACGACGGUAACAUAAACCUGAACGUGGUGAUGGAGGACGGCAAGGAGCAGGAGGUGCAGCUGUUCGAGGUGUUCUCCGACCAGGUCGCCGCCAUCACUCAGAGUCGCACCGAUAUGCCGUCGGAAGACAUGCUGGCGCUACAGUUGGCACUACUGAAGCUGGCGCAGCGCUGCCACCCUGACAAGCUGAGCUACGUGGACCGCGUGCUCGCGCAUACCGACAGGAUCUGUGCCGAUAUUAUACAGAGCAGUGGCAAACCCAGCUUGGAACACAACACGCCUGUCUUCAAGGAGCUGAUGAAGAUCCUCAAGCUGCCGGCUGAUCACUACAAGAACAUACUCACGCUCAUCAAGCUGCAGAACUACGCGCCGCUCAUCACCAGGCUGAACGAGCCCGGCAGACUCAUGAUAGCUGUGCAUCUGGUUAACGAUGUGCUGGAGAGUGAUACUACUAUAUCUACGCCGGAAGAUGUGGAAGCAGUGCUGACGAUGCUUGAUGUGUUAGUGAAAGACCAACCCGACCAACCCGCCAUGGAAACUGACGACGAAGACUUUAUGGAGGAGCAAGGAUUGUUGGCAAGACUGAUUCACCAUUUCCGCUCGGAGUCCGCGGACCAACAGUACCUGAUGCUGAGCGCCGCACGCAAGGCGCUCCAAGGAGGCGGGGCCAGACGCAUACGCCACACCUUCCCACCUAUCGUAUUCCACGCCUACCGCCUCGCUUUUCACUACAAGGAUUUGAAAGACCAGGAUGAAAUGUGGGAGAAGAAAUGUCAAAAAAUAUUUCAAUUCUGUCAUCAAACGAUCAGUUUAUUGGUCAAAGCAGAACUAGCGGAGCUACCACUCAGACUAUACCUCCAAGGCGCGCUGGCUAUCGGCGAGAUCGGUUUCGCGAACCACGAGACUAUCGCGUACGAGUAUCUGUCGCAGGCGUUCUCGCUGUACGAGGACGAGAUCUCCGACAGCAAGGCGCAGCUCGCCGCCAUCACGCUCAUCAUCGCCACAUUCGAACAGAUCGACUGCUUCGGUGCUGAAAAUGCGGAGCCGAUGCGCACGCAAUGCGCGCUGGCCGCCAGCAAACUCCUGAAGAAACCAGACCAGAGCCGCGCGGUGGCGCUGUGCGCGCAUCUCUUCUGGAAGGGACCUAAAGAUGGCAAACAGUGGCCAUUGAACGAGGCAAACCGUGCACUGGACUGCCUGCGCAAGGCAGCGCGCGUGGCUCAACAGUGCAUGGACGGUGGCGUGCAGGCACAACUACUGGCCGAGCUGCUGGGCCGACACGCGCUGCUCCGAGAGCGCGGUAAUCCCGCUCUCACCGCGCCGCUUAUUGAUGCCAUAAUCCAAAAGAUUCGCGAAGAACUUGGCAACUUAGAUCAAUCGGAGGAAGUAGAACAGAUCACGAAGCAUUUCCACAACACGCUGCAGCAUUUGAAGAACCGAAUGGAGUGUCCAGACCCUGACGGACUCGGCUACGAGGGUUUAGUUCUGUCGUAAUAGCUCCCAAGUAACCGGCGGUUAUCUCAAACAACUAGCAAAUUAGCCACUUAUUAGAGCCGAAAAUUAAUAAUAAUUUGCUUAUAGAAGUGCAAAAAUGCAGAUCAUCAUCCAUCAAUAUCUAUAAGUAUAUUCUUAGAUAGGCAGCGUAAAUGGGAAGCCAAUAAAAUGUUUUUAGUGGUAAUA